CCCGAGAGGUCGGCGGGAGGCGUCGCGCGCGGACUGGCGGCGGGCACAUCGAGGGCCGGGGUCAGCCUUCUCCAGCAACGAGCCCUGGGGUCCGGGAGGUACCCGGCAGCUCCGCGCCCCGCUCUCGGCCUGCCCGCCCCCGCCGCAGGCCCCGGGAGGAGCGCGGUCGCAGUGAGACUCCGGGCCUCGCGGCCGCGCCUCAAACCCCGUCCGGGCGGGCUCCCUGCUAACGCGAAGUAAUGCCACCAAGAAGAAAUGAGAAAUACAGACUUUCUGUCCCACUUCCAGAAGGGAAGGUUUUGUAUGAUAUGGAAGGAAACCAAUGGGUGCUGGGCAAGAUAAUUGGCUCUGGAGGAUUUGGACUGAUAUACUUAGCUUUCCCCAUGAAUAAACCAGAAAAAGAUGCAAGACAUGUAAUAAAAGUGGAAUAUCAAGAAAAUGGCCCGUUAUUUUCAGAACUUAAGUUUUAUCAAAGAGUUGCAAAAAGAAACUGUAUCAAAAAAUGGAUAGAAGUCAAACAACUUGAUUAUUUAGGAAUUCCACUGUUUUAUGGAUCUGGUCUUACUGAAUUCAAGGGAAGAAGUUACAGAUUUAUGGUAAUGGAAAGACUAGGAAAAGAUUUGCAGAAGAUCUCAGACCAGAAUGGUACUUUUAAAAAGUCAACUGUCCUGCAGCUAGGUAUCCGAAUGUUGGAUGUACUGGAAUUUAUACAUGAAAAUGAGUAUGUUCAUGGUGAUAUAAAGGCAGCAAAUCUACUUUUGGGUUACAGAAAUCCAGAUCAGGUUUAUCUUGCAGAUUAUGGACUUGCCUACAGAUAUUGUCCUAAUGGGAACCACAAACACUAUCAGGAAAAUCCUAGGAAAGGCCAUAAUGGGACAAUAGAGUUUACUAGCUUGGAUGCCCACAAGGGAGUAGCUCUGUCCAGACGAAGUGACCUUGAAAUCCUUGGCUACUGCCUGCUGCGGUGGUUAUGUGGGAAACUGCCCUGGGAACGGAACCUGAAGGACCCUGUGGCUGUGCAGACUGCUAAAACAAAGCUGUUGGAUGAACUCCCUGAGUCAGUGCUUCAAUGGGCUCCUUCCAGAAGCAGUUGCUGUAAGUCAAAUGGUGAAAUAGCCCAAUAUUUGGCAUGUGCUUAUAAUUUAGCAUAUGAUGAAAAACCAAAUUACCAAAUGCUCAAGAAAAUUCUGAACCCAGGUGGAAUGCCUUUAGGACCACUGGAAUUUUCCACCAAAGGAGAGAGUAUAAAUGUGUAUACUCCAAACAAUCAAACAGUUGAUUCGAGAAAGGCUGCAGCAAAGCAAGUCAAUCAGAUGCAAAAGAGGUUAAGAGAAAAAAAUGUCCAUAGUGAAAGAAGUGCUGAGUCCUGUGCAAUGUGGAGAAAAGUGCUAAAAGAGGAGGCGCUGAUUGGAUUGCUUCACAAUGAAAACGCUCAGGAAAGCACAAGAAGGCGGCAAAAAUAUUGUGAGUCUCAAUUUCUGAAUGAAGUAGAAAGUUCUCCAAAUGCAUCUUAUGAAUCCCAUCAAGACUGUACCAGUCCAGAUAUAUUUGACAGGUCAAGAUCUCCACCUUGGUACAAAUACACUUCUACAGCUGAUAUGGAGGCUACAGACUUAGAAGAAACUACAGGAUUCUGGCUUACAAAUUCCCAGUUUACUCUUAGCGAAAAGACAAAGGCAGAUAUCUAUUAUUAUGGCUUCACCAUUCUUUUCCUUUUGAUAUUAGUAUAUCUGUCUUUAUGUUUUCUCUGAAGAUAUCAAAAUCCUUUUGAUAAAGUUUCCAGUUCUCCACAGAAAUGUUAUAUUCAGGGUUUCCUUCCAGACAUUUUCAAGGUAAUUGGCUAUAAAAAAGUUAC